UUUGCCACAUCAUGAAGACUCAUCGCAAGGACGACGACUUCGCCCAGGGUUUGGCCAAUAUGAUGAAGACGAAGGACUGGUCCAAGUCCUACCCGAACCUGAUGCGGAUGUGGCAGGCGCUGGCGGUGUUGCCCUUGAGCACCGUCGAGUGCGAGCGCGGAUUCUCACGGCAGAAUCAUGCUGGACUACGACAUGGACUACCCCCAGAUCGUGGAGAAGUGGAGGCGCAUUAGGCACCGUAGGCAAGCUAGGAAUGUUGAAUUUGAGCAGGAAAUUCCCCUCUU